UCGCGGCUAAGGCCGUGUUUGGGUGUCCCCAAAUCCGUACGUUGAACGGGGAACUCGACUUUGAAGUCUUCUUCAACCUCAGAAACCAGCAGCAGCAUGACAGCAAACAGUAUAUCUGUGUCCUGUGUCCAUACAUUCUUUCCGAUUCCGAGAAUUUUACGAGUUUCUGUGUUCCAUUCAUCCUAGGGUUAUACAUCCAUGUUUAUGUAUGUAUAGGCCUGUAUAGAUAUAUUCAUACAUAGAUAUGGUGAUGGCGGAAACGGAGAUCGGGCAGAAGAACCGGCGAAGUAUGUGGCGGCGGGGGUGGUUGAUCGGGGCGGUGAUCGUAGUUUUAGUCGCUACGUCCUUCGCCUCCAGGCAUUCGCAGAAGAUCUCUCUCUUCCUUUCCAAUCACAAAUUGUGUAGCUGUUCUCAGGAAUCACGGAAAUAUACAGGCAUGGUUGAAGAUUGCUGCUGUGAUUAUGAGACAGUGGACAAUCUUAAUGGAGAAGUGUUGCAUCCUUUGCUCCAAGAGCUUGUUGCAACCCCAUUCUUUCGAUAUUUCAAGGUAAAGCUGUGGUGUGAUUGCCCUUUCUGGCCUGAUGAUGGUAUGUGCCGCUUGCGUGAUUGCAGUGUUUGUGAAUGUCCUGAGAGUGAAUUUCCAGAAACUUUUAAGAAGCCAUUUGGCCGCGGUCUUCCAUCUGAUGAUUUGGUGUGCCAAGAGGGGAAGCCACAGGCUGCUGUUGACCGUACACUAGACAGUAAAGCUUUCAGAGGCUGGAUGGAAAUAGAUAACCCAUGGACCAAUGAUGAUGAGACGGACAACAGUGGGAUGACAUAUGUGAAUCUUCAAUUGAAUCCUGAACGUUAUACAGGCUAUGUUGGUCCAUCCGCUAGAAGGAUAUGGGAUGCUGUGUAUUCAGAAAAUUGUCCAAAAUAUUCAUCAGGAGAAAUUUGCCAGGAGGAAAAAGUCUUGUACAAAUUAAUAUCUGGCCUUCACUCCUCUAUUUCAGUCCAUAUUGCUGCUGAUUAUCUGCUUGAUGAAUCUACCAGCCUGUGGGGUCAAAAUCUUGAUUUGAUGUACAAUCGUGUCUUGAGAUACCCUGAUCGUGUUAGAAACUUGUACUUCACCUUCCUCUUUGUUCUUCGAGCAGUGACAAAAGCAACAGAUUACUUGGAGCAGGCCGAGUACGACACUGGUAACCAUGCUGAGGAUCUGAAAGCACAAUCCCUGAUGCGUCAGUUACUUUAUAACUCCAAACUGCGAGCUGCAUGCCCACUUCCAUUUGAUGAAGCUAAGUUGUGGAAAGGCCAGAGUGGGCCUGAACUGAAGCAGCAGAUUCAAAAGCAAUUCAAGAAUAUCAGUGCCCUAAUGGAUUGUGUGGGAUGCGAAAAGUGCCGCCUCUGGGGAAAGCUUCAGGUUCUUGGUCUUGGCACCGCGUUAAAGAUCCUCUUCUCUGUUGAUGGUCAAAACCACCCAGAUCAAGUUCUGCACCUGCAAAGAAACGAAGUCAUUGCUUUGAUAAACCUGCUCAAUCGGCUCUCUGAAUCUAUCAAACUCGUCAAAGAAAUGGGACCUUCAGCUGAGACUCUCAUCGGGGGCCUGAUCCAGGAACCAACCAGCCAAGACACCUUUUCAUUUUCAUGGCGAAGACUAUGGGAAUCAAUGAUCGGGUUAUGGUUGAGGAAGACAUCUUCGUAAAACAUGUUAAAGAUGCCAUUUUGAAGAAAUGGAAAACAUUAAGCUGAGGAGCAUAGGGCAGGGGUUAGGCACAUUGUUUCUGAGUCAUACAAAUGAAUUCAUAUAUAUAGAGAUACCAUCCAUGAGUAAUUGCAGUAUGCUGUUGGAUUUUAACAUUUUCUAAGCCAUGGAUUAGACAAUGAGCAUAUAUGCACCUCAAAAGGGUUAGUUAACUGUACAUUCAGAGAUUCUUCCAAGUGUGUUAUCAUCUCUUUACCUAAUUACUGUUUAGCUUUUGUUCUUUUUAUUCCUUUUGCUUAAUAUAAAUUUUGUUUAGCUACUUGUAACUUGUAAGGUUUAGCCAUGGAUUGGUCACUUGAGGUGCUGAUUUAUUCUGAGUUUGUCACUUUCAUUUAUA